CUUAUUUUCGCCCUUUGCUUUGUGAGUUUGUGUUCUUGUGACCCCAUCAAGAAAGUCACUGCUGUCUACUACGAUGAGAGCAGAAGUAUUGCAACAAGCACUGGAUGAAAAAUGACGUACCUCCUUUUCUAGAGGGAGAUCAUUUAGAAUGAUGUUGCUUCUUGUGCGCUUCUACUUGCCUCUUCUCUACCUUCUGCUAUUUCUGCCUGGUGCUCUCGCCUAUCGUGUCGCGCCACUAGGUGUGACAGAAUCGGAAUGGACUGGAGGCAAGGAAAAAUUUCAGGAUGCUGUUCGGAAAAUCUAUAAAAGUGUUAUCGGAGCACGAGCAGUCAAGGCCAACAAGCAGAAUGCAGAUGAGAAUGCAGAAACGUCGCAAGGUGGUGCUAGAAAUGGUCAAGCACAAGAAGUACGUCCACCUGCCAGCGUAGCGGGCAUUGGCGAACGCCCACCCAUCCAUCCUCCAACCGAUCCUCAUGACAGGCCAAUUCAUACGGCAAUCCCUGUAGCUGUGAAGCCGACGGCUAGCAACUACAAGAAUGUUGUGGUCAAAAGCACAAGAAACACUACCCCUUCACCGUCAUCAGUUGCCACCACGACUAGGAAAGAGCAAAAAGGAGCUCCAUCUCCAGGAGACGGGCAGCAGCACAGAAACACAUUUCUCCGUACAACAUCUAAGGCAGUCACCAGUGGAGAACCUGUACAAUUAAGGCUGUUCUUGUACCUAAACGGCCUAAUACAUAGAUACAUCUUUGGACGACGCAUCCUUGAAAUAACGUAUGGACGGGGAGCAUCCACCUAGCUGAGAGAAAAGGCCUCCCCCAGCACACUUUUCAAGGCAGCUGCACUUGAAAGAUGAAUGACGGACAGCUCUAACACAAUCCGCCAAUGAAUAUGCUGAGGAUUUUCCGGUUGAUGACAGUACAAGUGCUGAGUCCACUACAUCUGCUACUGCGAGUGCUGAAGACACACGUACAACACCUUCUCCUUCCACAACCACGACCACUACGACGUCUACAACAACUCUAGCGCCAGGCCAAAUCCCACCGGGUGCGACUGAAGAGGAGUUGAAUCGAGUCAAAAUGCAAGAGGACCAGGUCGAGGCUGCGCAAAAGACUACCGCUGAUACCGCGCAGACACUAGCGGAAGCAGAACGCCAAACAGCGAAAGAGGAAGCUGAUGUACUUAAUAAUAGAAGAUUGUCUUUUUUUGAUGAUCUUGAAUGUGUAUGGUUCUGGUAUUUCUUGGUAGCCUAAUAAUUUGAUCACAAGGAUUCCCUUCAUCUUGUUUUCCUUAUGAUCAAAAUCAGGUUACCAAAUACCGGUGGAGCCAUGCAGAAUGCUGAGCACAUGACAUCAUCAUCACGAUCACGACUCAGAUUCAUAAUGAAUCGGUGUCUGGUAGUCGAGAUGUCGACUAGUGCCGCUUCUCUAUCUUUAUCAACAACAUCACAGGUCGUUGCCGCGACAUCCAGUGUCGAUACCGCUUCUGAGUCUCUGUCUACUGCAGAAAGUGCUCACGCAACGGAGCAUGGCGGUGUGGACGCGGCGCGCACAGGUCUCGCUGAUGCAGAGGCUGAAAGGCUUGCGCGCGAACGAGAGUUAGCCGCAGCAACCGAGAUCGCCACUGCAGCAAAGGAAGCACUGAGAGCGGCGGAGGAUAUUAUGAUCAUAGAGGUCAUUUUGGCUCAAGCUUUCCUAUCUUCACUUGUCCGCUCCAAAAGUAAAGUGUAACAACGAUUUACGCGUUGUAUACAUACACCUAGGGACUAGGGCCGUGGAAAAUGUCGGAUCUCAAAGCGCCUAUAGCCGGUGGCCUGGCCACUUUUGAACAAAACUCAACUUCUCUGGAUGCAACAAUUCAGAUGGGGCAACAGAUCGGGGAACUCUCGAACUUCAUUGCUCAGCAGACUAUGCUAGGAGCGCAUAGAUAUGAGGAAGUGGCCCAACUGGUUCACCUUCGUCUGCUCAGUACAGAGCAAAAGUCUGCAAUUGCCAGUGCGAGCGAAUAUGUGAGUCGCGCUCGUCUUUUGCAAGACGAAGACACUGCCCGCAGGCGAUUUCAGAAUACUUUGGAUCCGACCGCGAAGUUGAUUGCUCAUCCUGCCGUGGAUCUGACAGACGUCGAUGAGAUCUUUUCGCGUCUGAAAGUUCAGAAUCCCACGGGCGGCGAUAUCACUAGCGGUUUGGAAAAGAUUCGCUUGCUGUCGACGGCGCUGAUUCUCAACAAGAUAGUAGUUGAGAAGUUGACGGCGCGUGAAGUAAUUAGUUCCUUGACGAGCAGCUUUAAGGACGGAAAGACACUAUCUUACUCCUUUGGGCUCUCUAUGGGCUGUUCGUUGUCUGGAGUAAAGCGUCAGGACGCAGUAGAGAAGCAAGCGCUUCCAAUUGCAAUCGCUCAGGCCCUCACGAUGCAAGAAACUUUAAUGGCAGUUUCACUAGUGCUUCCAGGGAGCAGCACUCUGAAAACGUGGCGCAAUUUGUACAUCACUCCGGCGACUGCGCACGCUCCCCCCGUCAUGCUAGGGAGAUUGACUAUCGACGCGAUUGCGGAAGAGUGUGUACGUGUGAAGAAAGCGCUUGCACUUCCUGAGCGCAAUACACGAGUUGAGGAGUUGGAUCACUUUCGUCGUGUUGUGCCGUCGCACAUCCUGGAUGCAUUGGAGGAAAGCCCUGAGCUUUCGGCGUACGCUCGCGCGUCGGAUCAGAGUCCUCAGGUGGCGCCAUUUCCAACAGACUCAGACAAGCGAACUCGAAGACUCCUCAGCGCUGUAGUUGCGUUGAAUUCGUCGGAUAUGCGUCAGAGAGGGCCGACCCACGUCGAGGAGUUGAAGAAGACGCACACAAACACGGCCAAAGAGAUCGGGCCUCUCGCUGCCCCGAUUCUCGCACUCCUGGGUAUUCAAGACCAGCCAAUGAUGGCUAUCGUGAAUAGAUGAUCUCUUUAUGUCCUGACCUCUCUGAUAAGGAUUGAAGAGUGAAACUCAGGAAGAGGCACAACGAGUGCGAGAAACUUAACAUUUACACAGAACAAGUUAGGCCUAGCACUAGAUAUAAAGCUUGGGGAUAAGAUACGGAUAUAGUUAGUCUUACUUCUCGCGCUGUGCACUAGUUUGGUGAACCGGUACCCUGGAGCGAACUAGUGGGUGCACAUAGCGCGAGAACCGAGCACUUCUCUGAGGCACGCACUGGCUUCGGCCGCCAUAGAUGAGAAGACCUCCAGGGCAGAAGGACGAACGCGCGGCGCCUAAAAUAGACGGAUCCUAAUAUAAACGUGGCCACUAGAAUUUUAUUAGAUAUUUGGAAUACCUGACCUUUUUGAUUUUUUGUUUGCUAGUUAGGAGUGCUCCACCGAUAUCAUAGAGGUUGAUGUAGUUGUAGAAAUAGAUGUUGUGAUCUUGUGAUUUCCAUUCAUAAAAUCUACCCUAUGAGAGGACGUGUUAGUUGUUGUACUUUAACUUUUUAGAAGUAGAACAGAGUUGAUAAAAAUACCAACGGGUAAAGAUGUGGACGGCUAGCCUCGCGUUCGCCAAUGAAACUUUUUUAGUGCUUGUUACUAGUACAUUCUAACCUCCGACUCGAGCUUGCUGCGAAGGCGUUGGAGGAGCAACGGGCAGCCCUGCGAGCCUUAGAGGCUGACGCAGGUACGCAAGGCGCAGAGGCCACCUCUUGGGCGGCCAAAUUAGCUGCGGCGCAAGCGGCCUUAGAAGCCGCGCAAGAACGCGAGGCAGCCGCAGAGGCGGAGCUUGAGAGGAUCAAGCAAUUAUGGCUUAGCACAAUUCAUUUCCAAGGGUCAUUUUCUUCGGUUUCUUUCUCAGGUUACGGAAGAAAUGAGGGGAAGAAGUGAAACGCUUUGAGCUCUAAAGCAAGAAGUCAUAGAUCGCGUCUUGGCGGAGAAGAGUGGGGCUACAUCUAGCACCACAAUAUCUUCGACAUUGUACUGUAGUACACUGUUGGUUCUGUUUUUGUCUUCUUGGGUUUUCUUGUAGAUAUUUUUUUUGUUUGUGUCUCCUUGAUAUCCUGUACAUCAGCGCUCUGCGUUGCAAAUGCUAGUCUGGGUAAAGAUUAGGAUAUUUAUUUUCUAUGUUGUUACUGCGGUGCGCGACGUGUACAGAAAAGCCAAGCUUGCGUGUACAGGAUCGGCAUCAUUCAUCUAAUAGAAGACUAGUAUCGUCGUUGCACUAGAAGUGGCUGUACUAGUAUAGUACGAACCAAAGAGCUCCUUUUUGAUAAUCUUAUGAUCUUUUCAUCUAUCAUGCCUGUGCCUUCAGAGACUUGACAACUUUUCGCAUAGUUUUUUCCAGAAGAGGACACAAACACAGUAUGAUUUGCCUUCAGUGUUGUCGAGGUAGCCCAAGAGCGUGCGCAAUUGCUAUGGUUGCAAGGCGAAGGCACGUGCUGGCUGUUC